UAAUUUCACAGUUGUUUGAACGCGCUCCAAGGCGCAGGCAUUGAAGAGCGGGCUGCCCACUCCAACUGCCCCUCGCAAUGAGGCUCAAACUUGGUUGGGGAGGAGGUAAGGGCGGCGGGGAGAACAAGGAGGACGGGGAGAACACGCCAAAGUCUGGGCGUUCGCUGUUUGGGCGGAAGAGCAAGAAGUCGCCAAGGGCGUCCGAGUCCUCCAGGGCCAGCCCCGGACUGUCGGAGUAUAGCGUGGACAUGGAUGCGCUGCACCGCGCGCAAAACGGGGGAGAGAACGCGCCGCCCGCCGACGCCCGCGCGCCGCUGCAAAAGGCGCCCAGCGACGCGCAGAGCACCAACAACCUGCGCCAGCUGGCCAAGUUUUGCCUGGCGGAUGCUGAGGACACGUGCGCCAGCGCCGGCGCCCCGCAGCAGAGCGAGGAGGAGCUGGCGGAGGCCACCGCCGCCGCCGUGCAGGAAAUCUCAGAGCGCUCUGCUGAGCUGGCGACGGCAGCCCAGGGCGCCAAGGCCCACCGCGCCUCCUGCCUGGCGCUCGUCGCCUUUGGUAGCAGCAUUGUGGAGGUCCUGGAGGCCAGGGCCCCCGUGACGGCCGCCCCUGACCAGCUGGCCAAGGUGGCAUGCCUGCUGGGCGACAGCACCACGCUGGUGGCCUCCUGCGCCGGCCCAGACUGGCUGCUGGUGGCGGCUUCGCCCGAGGCGGGCGUCUGCGAGGCCGCGCAUGCCCUGCACGCCGACAUGCUGGCGACUCUGAAGGGACAGGGCCUGGACUGCGUACCCGGCACCCUGCGCCUGGCAGGGCCCGACUACCGCGACGGAUCCAAGGCGCUGCAGCGCCGCCUCAAGCAGCUGGGCGGAGGCAGCCUGGCGGUGGGGCUGCAGGCGGUGGCUGCCGGGGAGGAGGAGCAGCAGGAGCUGGCCCGCACCCUGGAUGCGGAGCCUGAGGACGUGAGGCGCAGCGCGAGCCACGUGGCGGCGGGCCUGGCCGGCGCCGGCGCCGGCGCCGGCGCCGCGGAUGACGAGGCCGUAGCGGCGCACCGCGCCGCGCUGCAGAGCCUCUUCGCCUCCUACUCCACCUUUGGAGCCAGGGACCAGGGCGGGGCCGCUCUAGAGCUGGACUCCUUCCGCUGCUCCAAGCUUGUGAGGGAGGCGGGGCUGCUGGGCGGCCCCCUGAGGGCGCAGGAUUUGGACGUGCUCUUUGCCAAGGCGGCGCGCCAGGGCAGCAGCCGCAAGCUGCCCAUAGACGGCUUCCUCACGCUCCUGGCCCUGCUGGCGGAGAAGAAGGGAGUGGCGCUGGGAGAGGUGGUAGGCGCGGUGUCACGGCUGGAGGGCCCCACGGUGCGGGGCACCACCCCGGAGCACGUGAAGUGGCACGACGACAAGUCGACCUACACGGGCGUGUACGCCAGGGGCGGGCUGAGCGUGGCCGACGACACUCUAGACCUGGGGCGCAUGGUGGACCGGGAUGCGGCGGAGAAGGCGCAGCGCCGCGCCUCUGCCCCCGGCUCCCGCCGCGCGUCCCUGCCCGCCGGCGACGCCGCGCGCCGCACCCCUACCCCGGUCCCCACUGCCACGCCGCCGCUGAGCCGCACCGCGAGCGGGGCUGGGGCCGGCCCCAAGGAGGGCGCCAAGCACGCCACGGCGGCGGCAGCCGGCACGCCCACCGCCGGCGCUGCGUCGCCUCGCAUCCGCGCCUUUGGCAGCCAGGAGGAGAACCCUGCCGCGGCAGACCCCCGCGGCCUGUGCGACAUGUGGAGCCAGUUUGCGGCGUUUGGGCGCAGCGCCGGCGCCCCCGGCGAGCUGUCGAUGGAUGGCGCCCAGUUCAUGAAGCUGUGCCGCGACUCGGGCCUGCUCACCAGGGGGCUGAGCAGCACGCGGGUGGACCUCAUCUUCCGCACCACCGCCGCCAAGGGCGCGCGGCGCAUCACCUACAGCCAGUUCCAGGCCGCGCUGCCGCGCCUGGCAGAGGCGCGCGGGUGCGAGGAGGGCGAGGUGGUGAGCCGCAUCGUGGCCUCCACAGGCCCCACCCGCAACAACACCACCACGCCCGAGGCCGUGCGGCUGAGCGACCGCAGCAGCUUCACCGGCAUCGCGGCACGCGGCGGGCCCACCACUGUGGAGAAGGAGCGCAUCACCCUGGCCGGCAUGUGCGACCGCAGCGGGCGGCGCUCCUCCCUGGCCCGGUAGGGGCUGGCUGCGGUGGCGGCUUAGAAGCUUUAAUUAGGACAGCCGACGGGCGGCUGGCGGCCGGCUGUGUGGGCUGGGAUUGGUGUUCAGCCCCACGCAGCAGGCGGCCAGCGCUCGCCGGCUGGACGUGGGAGCACCGGGGCGGCUGCUGGACGGCAAUGGGCCUGUACAGUGUACACUCUUCUGGGCGAUCCUUGAUGCCCCACUCACAUUUGAGCGGCGGGCUGUCUGGUGGCAGGGGCGACAGUGUGGGUGCCACACCCUCUGCAAGUGAGGGCCCUCUGGACCCUCGGCUGUGUGCGCUUGCUUGCUUGCUUCCUUCCUGUUAUGGAUUGCCAGGGGCUGGCUGCCAAUGUGUGGCUAUUGGGAAUGCGGAAAGCAACUAAUGUAAUAGUAACGCACCCCU